AUGCUCUCCAGCCUGGCUCUGCUCGGCCUAGCCGUGAGCGCGAGUGCGCACUUCGUGCUGCAGAUUCCCACGAGCCUGGGCUUUGACGACGAGCUCGAGGCCACGGGGCCGUGCGGCUCCUUCGACCCGACCGACCGGUCCAAGGGCGUCUCGGGGUGGAGCGUCAACGGCGGCAACGUCGGCGUCCUCUCCACCCACACGUCGGUCACGUGGGAGCUCAACGUCGCCCUGCUCAGCGCCCCCACCACCUGGCUGCCUCUGGUGCAGACCUUUGCCCAGAAGGGCGUGGGCAACGUGUGCUUCGCCAAGGUCCCGGGCUUCGCAGCCUGGGCCGAUCAGGACGCCGUGCUGCAGGUCAUCCAGCAUGGGCCCGACGGCGACCUAUACCAGGCAAGCCCCUUUUUCCUCUCUCGGUUCGCCAUCAAGUUCGUUACCGGCGGGCCCGAUGCUGUCCCGGGCGACUGCACCACGUCGUCCGGCGUCAGCAUUGGCCCCAUGAUCCCGGCCGCUGGCCCCACGCCGUCCAAGAGCAGCUCCACGAGCGCACCUGCUGCUGCCUCGUUCACCACCAGCACCACCGCCGCCGCCGCUACCGCCACCUCGGCUCCGGCAACUUCUUUCAAAGCAUCGUCGAGCGUGCCCUCGGACGGCCACUCCCACUCACACGUGCACACGUCGUCGUCGUCGGCGGCGGCGACGACGACGACGGCGACGACGAGCAUCGUUUCCUCUGCUGCUGCUGCCAGCGGCAAUGCCACCACCACGACAACCUCGUCCAAGCUGCCCGUCGUCACGGCCAGCGCCAGCGCCAGCGCCAGCGCCACCGUCGCCGGCCGUGUUGUCGCUGCUGCUGCUGCUCUAGGGCUGCUGUCGCUGCUGCUCGCCGGCCCCAUCGGCGUGUGA